AUGGUGUUCAAAUCCAAGUCGAUUCCUGAUUCGAGAAUCCAUGAAAAUUUCCCUGCAGAUGAGGACGAUGAUUUUCAGGACGCUGUAUGUCUUCCUUCAUCUCGCACUCAGAAACCUUUUAUCCCUCCCAGAAACUUACGGCUAUCUCAACCUCUGAGAUCUUCUAGUUCAUCAAUUCACCGUCCUCCCAAGAGGCGUAAGAGUUUAACCGAUGUUGCAUCUGGUAAAGAAAAUAUACUUCAAUCGGAGCCAAUUCUUCUGGCGAAAGAGGAGAAACGGUGUCAAGAUUUUGAAUCCAAAUCCUCAGUCCGAAACGGUGUCAGCGAUGUCAAUGGUGACGAUUUAUUUUCUCUUACAAAUGAUUGUGGAUUAGAUUCACUUGAGUCAUCGAUUGAUCUCACGUUUCGAGACCCUCUCAGCGGCUGUAGCCAUACUAGUGGGAGAAACUCUGAGGAAAACUCUCCUUCCUUUUCUCCUUCUCCUGCUCCUGCUACUGAGGUAGAGGAUGUGGUUGAAAAGAAUUUCAACUUGGCGUCUCACGAGACUUUUAGUCUUAAUGUUUCUUGCGCAAACGGAAAUGGUGAAAAUGAAGAGUUUGAACCUAAUACUCAGUUUGAUGAUUUGCUUAAGUUAUGCGAUGAAGUGAAAGAAGAAGAACAGGAAGAAGAUGAUGAUGAGUAUGAUGGUGGUCUGAUUCAUUGUCCUCUCUGCAGGACUGACAUAUCAGAUAUGAUCAAUGAACUACAACAGGCUCACAUCAAUCGAUGCCUUGACGAAGAUGAAGCUAAAAAUGUUGUUCUUCUCAAAGACAACGUUGAACCUCAGAGCCAUGGGCAAGUAGUUGAUGGCUCUCCUGUUCAAUCUCCUCAAGGUAUCACUAGUAUUAAACCUGUUCUUGAUUGGCUUCAAAAUCUAGGUCUAGAACGAUACAGAGAAGUCUUUAUUAAAGAAGAGGUUGACUGGGACACCUUGUUGCAGCUGACUGAACAAGAUCUAUUAAGCAUGGGAGUUGCUGCCCUUGGUGCACGGAAAAAAAUUAUGUAUGCUCUUGGUGAACUUAGAAAAGAAAGCAACAACCAAGUUAAUGCAUCUACUGAUGUGGCAGAUGAAACUAAAAGACUAUCAACAACCAAGUUGAUUACAGAUUUCUUUCCUAGUUCUUUCGUUGCUAAGAAAAAGAGUUGCAAUGAUUCUUGCAACCAGAAGAAGGUUGAAAACCCUAAGCCUGAUUCUCGUGGUAAAAGUGUUAAUAGUCGGAACGUGAGUAAGAAAUUCCUUGACAUUCCUUCAUGGUGUUGCAUACAGGGCACUCCCUUUCGAGUUGAUGCUUUCAAAUAUCAAAGAGGAGCGUGCUCACACUGGUUUCUCACACAUUUUCAUUUAGAUCAUUAUCAAGGUCUUACUAGGACAUUCAAUCGUGGGAAAAUCUAUUGUUCAUCAAUCACAGCAAAGCUUGUAAAUAUGAAAAUAGGAAUCCCAUGGGAAAAAUUAGAAAUUUUGCCUCUCAACAAGAAGAUAAAUAUUGCUGGGAUCAAUGUGACUUGCUUUGAUGCAAACCAUUGUCCAGGUGCCAUCAUUAUGCUCUUUGAACCACCAAAUAAUAAGGCUGUUCUGCACACAGGGGAUUUUCGUUUCUGCGAUAAGAUGGAAACAAUAUUUCAUUUACAGGACUGUCGUAUCCAGACUCUCGUCCUUGACACCACUUAUUGUGACCCACAGUACGACUUCCCAAAGCAGGAAGCUGUGAUCCAGUUUGUCAUUGAAGCCAUUCAAGCUGAGGCGUUCAACCCAAAAACUCUUUUCCUUAUUGGAAGUUAUACAAUCGGGAAGGAAAGGUUGUUCUUGGAGGUGGCUCGUGUUCUCCACACGAAAGUUCAUGUUAACACUGCCAAACUUCGUAUUUUAGAAUGUUUGGACCUGUCUAGAGAGGAUAUGCAGUGUUUAACCGUAAAUGAACAAGAGACUAAUAUUCAUGUUGUCCCUAUGUGGAUGCUCGCCAGCUUCAAAAGACUGAAGAGUAUAUCUAAUCAAUACAUGAAACGUUUCAAUCUUAUCGUAGCUUUCUCACCUUCGGGUUGGGCAUUUGGGAAAGGAAAGAAAAAAACUCCUGGAAGAAGGUGGCAGCAGGGUACAAUCAUCAGGUACGAAGUCCCAUACAGCGAACAUAGCAGCUUCACGGAGCUGAAGCAAUUCGUUAAAUUUGUAUCUCCUGAAAACAUCAUUCCAAGUGUGAAUAACAGAGGGAAAGAAUCGGCCAACUCUAUGGUUUCCAUGCUGUUAUCUUGAUCGUUCAUCUUUUCCUCCUUCAAGAAGAUCCAAUGUCAGUUUCUAUUGUUCUUCAUGGCUCAACAACUUGCAUUCAUUAAAGUAUAUUAUCCAAAACACUUUCUACCAAAAUGGCAUGAUAUUUUACCUAUUGGUGGGUGAUGUCUGUAAACAAACCAAUGUGUAAUUAAGGAAUAAAGAUUUGUAAUGAAGAAAAUGGUAUGUCAAAUGUAAGAUAGCUCUUGUCUUAGUUGUCAAUAAAC